AUGGCCGACACCGCACGGCCUGUGCGUGCCAUCACAGAUCCCACGCUUCUGCCAAGCAUAGUACCACGAAUCCAGGCCAUUGGGCGUCUGUUAGAGCAGAUCCGCGAUACGCCACUACCCCCUUCGGAUGAAGCACGCUCGACAGAGCAGCCCAUGGAACUGACGUCCACCGCGGCGGAUACCUCGUUGCCGAAUUUGGCGCUGGGCACGAUCAAUGACGAGGAGGAUUGGGAUCCAUGGUCGCAGACAGAUACAACGUCGACGUCGGAGCGGCAUAUCCCGACAGAGCUCUUGCAGGCAUUGGCACGAGAAGCGACUGCCCUCCAGUCUACGUUGACGGACGCACGCCGAGCUGUGGAUGCAGCGCCUGGCUCUGAUAUGAGUGUGGAUGAGCAAGUAUCUGUCAUAGCUACCUCGGAGGCGUAUCAACAAAAACAAGCCGACCUUCAUGCCAAGUGGACAGAGCUGCUGCCGACAUUGACAGCAACAGGACGCACCGAUGCGAUGCUACUCGACUAG